AUGGAGUCAAAGCCGUGCGGUACCAUAUACAAGGUCUCCGGACCAUUGGUCAUCGCGGAGAACAUGCCGGGGACCAAGAUGUACGAGCUGGUGCAUGUUGGCCCGCAGAACAUUUGCGGAGAGAUCAUCCGUAUCGAUGGCAACUCUGUCUUCAUCCAGGUCUACGAGAGCACAUCCGGACUCCGGGUGGGCGACCCCGUCAAGAAUACGGGAAUGCCGCUCUCUGUGGAACUCGGCCCCGGGAUUCUGGACAACGUAUUUGACGGGACGCAGAGGCCUCUGCACCGUAUCUACGACGCAUACCAGGAGUACUACGUCCCCCUCGGCGUCAACAUGCCCUCGCUGGACCGCACCAAGAUCUGGUCGUACACCCCCAACCCCAGCAUCACCGUGGGAUCGAUGGUCACCGGCGGCGACAUUUUCGGCACCGUGGAGGAAAACGACAUCUUCACCAAGCACCACAUCAUGGUACCGCCGAAUGUCAGCGGAAAGGUCACCUACGCCGCGCCAGCGGGCAACUACACCAUCGAGGAGAGGCUGCUGGAGGUGGAGAGCCUCGGUGAAGUCAAGGUCUGCAAGAUGUACCACGUGUGGCCGGUGCGACAGCCCAGGCCGAUUGUGAAAAAGGUGCCCUCGACCAAACCGCUGCUCACGGGACAGCGUGUGCUUGACGCACUCUUCCCCGCUGUCAUGGGCGGUACCUGCGCCGUCCCGGGAGCUUUCGGUUGUGGCAAGACCUGCAUUUCACACGCCCUGGCGAAGUAUGGUAACACCGAUAUCACCGUCUACGUGGGCUGUGGUGAGCGUGGUAACGAGAUCGCCGAGGUGCUCAAGGAGUUCCCGGAGCUCAAGACCACAGUCAACGGCAAAGAGGUCAGCAUCAUGAAGCGCACGUGCCUCGUCGCAAACACGUCCAACAUGCCCGUGGCGGCCAGGGAAGCCAGUAUCUACACCGGAAUCACACUCUGUGAGUACUUCAGGGACAUGGGUUACAACGCGUGCAUGAUGGCGGACUCCACCAGCCGUUGGGCUGAGGCGCUGCGUGAGAUCUCCGGCCGUCUGGCCGAGAUGCCCGCGGAUUCGGGCUACCCGGCGUACCUGGCGUCCCGGUUGUCGGCUUUCUAUGAGCGCGCGGGCUCCGUGGAAUGCACCGGAACGCCUUCGCGUGAGGGGUCGGUCACCAUCGUGGGUGCGGUGUCGCCACCGGGUGGUGACUUCUCGUGCCCAGUCACCGCCGCUACCAUGUCGAUCGUGCAGGUGUUCUGGGGGCUCGACAAGAAGCUGGCGCAGCGCAAACACUUCCCCUCGGUCAACUGGACCACUUCCUUCUCCAAGUACGAGAAGCAGCUGGAGAACUUCUUCGAGGAGUCCUGCCCCGACUUCAUGCCCGGAGUCAAGGUGCUGAAAAACGUGCUGCAGAAGGAGGGCGAACUGCUCGAAAUCGUGCAGCUGGUCGGACGUGACUCGCUCUCGGAGGACCAGAAGGUCACCCUGGAGGUGGCCAAGAUCAUCAGGGAGGACUUCCUCCAGCAGAACUCAUUCACCGACUACGACUACAAGUGCCCGCUCUACAAAACAGCCGGCAUGCUCAACUGCAUCGUCAGCUUCUACAACGAGUGCCUGAAGGCCAUCUCGGAGUCGGGGAAACGCGGACACAAGCUGGGCUGGGGCACCAUCUACAACACCAUGCGCGCCACCAUCAACAAGAUCACCGGACUCAAGUUCUCCGACCCGUUGAUGCCUGAGGAGGAGUUCCAGACUACAGUAAAGGCACUGAACGAAGAGAUCGUCAGCGGCCUCCGCCAGCUGAUCGAUGUCUGA